UAAGAAAAGAUUGCAAACUUUUCACAUUGUGUUGCUAUCCCACUCUAAGUGGGGUGCAGUUGUCGUAAAAAGAAAAUGAUAUAGCUAAGAUAAAAGAAGCAACAAACUUUCAAGCCCUAAGUUUUUCGCGGAACCAAACGAAACUAAAACAAAAACAGCACAUGUCAUCAUGUCAUGUCAGCGAACUAAAGUUAAAAACUAUUUUCCAUAAUUUAUCAAGUGGUCUGUCCUGGACCUUGAUGAAUGAAAACACAAGAGUUGAUGAAGUACUGCUAUAAUUGAUGAUGUUGAAAGAAGAAAAGGGAGAAAAUGUUUGAUGGUUUGACAGCUUGGUUUUCAUCUAGUGUUGAUGAGUCUAUUAAACAACAUUGGGAGAAUAAUCAUGGUGUUGUGCGUGAUGUUGAUGAGGCACAGUUUUUAUUCAGCCAAAAUUCUGAAAUACAGGACACAAAAAGGUUGUAUGAAAGUGAAGCUUAUUUAAAUGAACAUUUAACCAUCUUUCAUGUUCAGUAUAUCAACGAUUGUAUUAAAUCAGGGGACAGAAAAAAAGUUGUUUUAGGAAAAUAUUUCUUACCUCCCUUAGAAAUACAGAAUUUAAUUAGAAACCAGGUAGAAUUUAUCUGGGAGAAAGACAAGGGAAGUAUACAGUCAGUUCAGGUGAAUACAGGAAAGAGAAAGACAGAUGGUGUAUUAGGAGGAGAUAACUCUUCACCAGUUAAAUCAAGAUGUCCUAGAAUAAUAGACGCUGGUGUAUUAGGAGGAGAUAACUCUUCACCAGUUAAAUCAAGAUGUCCUAGAGUAAUAGACGAUGGUGUAUUAGGAGCAGAUAACUCUUCACCCGUUAAAUCAAAAUGUUCUAGAGUAAUAGAAACAGGUACAACUACCGCUGUUGAGAACUCUUCACCAGGUAAAUCAAGAUGUUCUAGGGUAAUAGACGCUGGUGUAACUACCUCUGUUGAGAACUCGUCACCAGUUCAAUCAAAAUGUUCUACAGGAAUGGACACUGAUUCUAUCCAUAUCAACGAUCUACCCAAGAUACGAGGCCAGAUUGAAGAUUUUAUUCCAGGAGAAAAUGGCUGUGAGGUAUUUCUGAAGAUGUAAGAAAGCUGGAACAUGUUUUAAAACAAGAAAUGUCAACAGAUUUUAUAACAUUGUGUGAGAUAUUUCUGACAAUGUAAGAAACCCGAAACCUGUCUGCAGUGAGUUGUUUCUAAAAAAAUAAAUGUGGACAAACUUUAUGACAUUGUAAACCACAUUUUGUGCAGCUGGUUAUAUUCUUAUCGUCCAUUAUCAUGUGAUUGUAAUGUGGAUUCAAAUGAAAUUUUUUUGGACUAUCUUCAGCUUUAAAAAUAAUACCACAGUAUUCAUUGUUAUGUUCCUACAACAGGGUCAGUUAAUUGAUGGCAGGGCUAGAGAUUAGUUAAUUGAGGGGAGGGCUAGAGGUCAGUUAAUUGAGGGGAGGGCUAGAGGUCAGUUAAUUGAGGGGAGGGCUAGAGGUCAGUUAAUUGAGGGUAGGGCUAGAGGUUGGUUAAUUGAGGGUAGGCCUAGAGAUUAGUUAAUUGAGGGUAGGGCUAGAGGUUGGUUAAUUGAGGGGAGGGCUAGAGGUCAGUUAAUUGAUGGCAGGGCUAGAGAUUAGUUAAUUGAGGGGAGGGCUAGAGGUUGGUUAAUUGAGGGUAGGGCUAGAGAAUGGUUAAUUGAGG